AUGGCCGCGCCGCCGGAUCCCCGAGAAGAGCUGCCGCCGCCGGCCGGCCCCGGGCCCCAGGGGCUGGGGGGCCGCGAGGAAGGGGAGGACGAAGCGGUGACGCCGAAAGGGGCGAGGCCGGCGCCGCAGGCGGGGGAGUCCGGCCGCGAGCCGGGCGCGGGGGCCGGGGGAGCGGCGCCUCGGGAACUGGACUCCCCGAACCCCGCCCGGCCGCUGCCCGUUGCCAUGGAAACUGCAUCCACAGGUGUGGCAGAUGUCUCCCGUGCCAUGGAUCAACCCUUUUCAACAGCAUCAAAGGAUGGGGAAGGAGCAUGCUACACAUCUCUGAUUUCUGACAUCUGUUACCCACCUCAGGAGGAUUCCACAUAUUUCACUGGAAUUCUUCAGAAAGAAAAUGGCCACAUCACCACAUCAGAGAGCCCUGAGGAGCUGAGUACCCCUGGGCCCUCCUUACCAGACAUGCCUGGGACGGAGCCCCACGGCUUAUUUAGUUCUGAUUCUGGAAUAGAGAUGACUCCUGCAGAGUCCACCGAAGUGAACAAGAUCUUAGAAGACCCCCUGGACCAGAUGAAAGCAGAAGCUUACAAGUACAUUGACAUAACCAGGCCAGAGGAGGUGAGCUAUCAGGAGCAACAUCAUCCCAAGUUGGAAGAGAAAGACUUUGACUUUAAGAAUAACACUGAAAUCUCAAUAAAAUCUGAAAAAGCCCCUGAACCAGAGAAACCAGCUCCUGUGGAGGGAAAAAUCCUCAAGGACCAUUUAUUUGAAGAAUCAACAUUUGCUCCUUAUAUAGAUGAUCUCUCUGAAGAGUACCAUAGAGCCUCCCUGGUCACUGCCCCCAUUAAAAUCACACUGACUGAAAUUGAAUCUUCUGUUGAAACUGCUACCCAAGAGAAGACCCCCGAGAAGCAAGAUAUCUGUCUGAAACCGAGUCCUGACACAGUCCCUACUGUCACCGUCUCAGAGCCUGAAGAUGACAGCCCAGAAUCCAUCACUCCUCCAUCUUUCGGAACAGAACCAUCUGCUGCAGAAUCCCAGGGGAAAGGCAGCCUCUCUGAGGAUGAGCUGGUCACCGCCAUCAAAGAAGCCAAGGGGUUGUCCUACGAGACAUCCGAGAGCCCACAGCCGGCGGGCCCCGUGGCCGACAGGCCCGAGGUCCAGGCCAGGUCCGCACGGCCCACCGUCCCCACCCCCCUGGACCACGAGGCCAGCAGCGCGGAGUCCGGGGACUCGGAGAUCGAGCUGGUGUCCGAGGACCCGCUGGCCGCCGAGGACGCGCUGGCCUCGGGUUACGUGACCUUCGGCCACGUGGGCGGCCCGCCGCCGUCGCCGGCCUCGCCGUCCAUCCAGUACAGCAUCCUGCGGGAGGAGCGCGAGGCCGAGCUGGACAGCGAGCUCAUCCUGGAGUCCUGCGAUGCGUCCUCCGCCUCGGAGGAGAGCCCCAAGCGGGAGCAGGACUCGCCCCCGAUGAAGCCGGGCGCCCUGGAUGCCAUCCGGGAGGAGUGCGCGCCCAGCCAGCCUGGCCUGGCCGAGCAGGGCCCCUUCCUGAGGUUCCCCUCGGCUGCCCCCCAGGCUGGCCAGGAGCUGCCCCCUGGAGACGGAGCCCCCGCGCCCGAGGAGGAGCCCGCGGGGCCGCAGAAGCCUGCAGAAGCAGCAGCGAGUUCCAAAGAGACUCCGGCGGCCGCAGAGAGCCCCGGGCCCCGAGGUCCUGGCAUCGCGCCCUCGCUGCUGUUUUUCAAUAAGCAAAAAGCUAUUGACCUGCUGUACUGGCGGGACAUCAAGCAGACGGGGAUUGUGUUCGGGAGCUUCCUGCUGCUGCUCUUCUCCCUCACCCAGUUCAGCGUUGUGAGUGUCGUGGCCUACCUGGCCCUCGCCGUACUCUCGGCCACCAUCAGUUUCCGCAUCUACAAGUCUGUUCUGCAAGCCGUGCAGAAAACCGACGAGGGCCACCCUUUCAAGGCCUACCUGGAGCUCGAGAUCACCCUUUCUCAGGAGCAGAUCCAGAAGUACACGGACUGCCUGCAGUUUUACGUGAACAACACGCUUAAGGAACUGAGGAGACUCUUCCUCGUCCAGGACCUGGUGGAUUCCCUAAAAUUUGCAGUCCUGAUGUGGCUCCUGACUUACGUUGGCGCUCUCUUCAACGGCCUGACCCUGCUGCUCAUGGCUGUGGUUUCAAUGUUUACUCUACCUGUAGUGUAUGUUAAGCACCAGGCACAGGUUGACCAAUAUCUGGGACUUGUGAGGACUCACAUAAAUGCUAUUGUGGCAAAGAUCCAGGCUAAAAUCCCAGGCGCUAAAAGGCACGCUGAGUAA